AUGAACUCCACAAACACUGUAGUCAAUUUGUCUACAGUUGCUUUGACGGAGACUGAGACUAAGGUACUGUCAAAAGGUCUUAAUUUUUGUCCCACGCCGGGCAAAAUAGAUUCAAUACUUUUGGAAGAUGACCUAGACAAGCUAGCAAGAUCCCUCAGAAUCAAGGAAUAUUUUUAUAAGAACACCACAAAUGGUACCACUGAAAGUGACACAAGUGAUCUCGACUCAGAUGACGACCAAGCAGAUGUCGAUAUUCCCAGAUUCAGGAAAACAAGUUCAUGGAUUCCGAAACCCAGUAAAUGUGCAACUUUGGAACACAUCAUUGACAAAAUUAAAUCCGACGUAACACAUCUGUCCACUGCCACUUCCCAAACAUUCAGCAAUCUAUCGUCUGAAGAAAAUGAAGCUGUGCGGAAACUUAAGAACAGAGACGACAUUAUAAUUAAACCAGCUGAUAAAGGUAGCGCUGUUGUCGUCAUGGACAAAUGUGAUUACAUUCAAGAGGCAGAACGUCAACUCUCUGAUGAGAGAUUUUAUAAGAAAUUAGACACUGACCCCACCCCUCAGUUUAACAAAGAGAUCACAACAAACCUGAAAAACAUGUGUGAACAGGGGCAUAUUGAUGAAGACACAUUUAAAUACCUAAAACCUGAAAAAUCAAAGCCCGGGCGUUUCUAUCUUCUGCCUAAAAUUCAUAAAGUUAAUAAUCCCGGUAGACCAAUUGUUUCCGCCAAUGACCACCCUACAGAGAAAAUAUCAGAAUUUAUUGACUUUCAUCUGAGACCACAUGUAGAAAAUUUACCAUCCUAUAUACAAGACACAACACACUAUCUUAAGAAAAUGGAAUCUCUGAACCCUCUCCCACCUGAAACGAUCCUUGUUUCGCUUGAUGUUACCUCCCUCUAUACUAACAUCCCCCAUGACGAUGGUAUUGAAGCCUGUAGGGAAGUCUGGAACUCUCGUAACACCUUACAUCCACCAACUGAAUGUCUGAUCCAGCUUCUAACUUUGGUAUUGAAAUGCAAUAACUUCGUAUUUAAUGGCGAACACUUCCUCCAAGUUAAUGGAACAGCAAUGGGAACAAAGAUGGCCCCGUCUUAUGCCAAUAUUUUUAUGGGGAAAUUAGAACAAAGAAUUCUCAAUGCAUCUCUUCAUCAACCCCUCUCUUGGUUUCGAUUUAUCGACGAUAUUGACAUGAAGUGGGACAAUACUGAACAAGAACUAAAUCUGUUCAUUCAUCAUGCCAACAAUACCCAUCCCUCAAUAAAAUUCACAUAUGAAAUCUCUGACUCUAAGAUCACAUUUCUUGACACUACAACGCAAUUGAGGGAUGGAAACAUAUUAACAGAUCUUGUAAAUGUGGUAAACAGUAUGUUGGCGAGUCAGAACAGCCGUUUCACAAACGAAUGA